AUGUCAGUGCCUGAGCAACUUGUCCAGAGCGUCUUCAAGACAAUCCCUCCCCGCUUGCGUGGACCUGGAGGCGCCGUCGCCGUCGUCAAGGAUGGGCAUCUCCUCGGGCAGACCGUUUGGGGGUACGCAGACCUUGACAGGAGGAUCCCCAUGACGGCGGACACGCCGAUGCCCAUCUGCUCCAUCUCGAAGCAGAUGACAUGCGCAGUGCUGCUCGACCUGGAGCGUAACCCGACGUUGUCCAUGUCCAAGGGCGACAUCAGGGGGCAGUUCGAGGCUGAGCUCAAGAGGCUGCUGCGUCCAGAGAUGACCAAGGACGGCAAACUGACCCUGGAGCACCUGUGCGAUAACCGCUCUGGUAUUCGGGAUUACUGGGCAUUGACCACGCUCUGGGGUGCCAAGCCGGAGGGACGGUUCGACCUUGACAAGGACGGCCCGCAGGCAAGGGACCGACUGAGGAGCUUCCACUUCGAGCCUGGGGCAGAGUAUUCCUACUCCAACACCAAUUUCCACAUCUUGGCGCGAAUCAUUGAGAAAGUGAGUGGAGAGUCGUUCGAGGUGUUGCUGGGAGAGCGAGUCUUUGGUCCAGCUGGGAUGAAGACUGCACGGCUGUGCGCAGACACGUCAAAGCUGCCUGAGCCGUGUGUUGGAUACGAGGGAGAUGAGAAACGUGGCUAUACGCCUGCUGUUAACCGCAUAGAGUGGGAUGGUGACGCUGGCAUCGUGGCUUCGCUCUCAGACAUGGUUGCUUACGAGGGAUAUCUGGAUCGCAGCCUGUCUGAUCCAACGAGCUGGUACCAGGCUGCGAUUGAACCGUCACAGUAUAGUGAUGGUACACCAGCUGUGUAUCGCUACGGCCUCUCCCACGUCGACGUUGAAGGAGUGGAGACUAUCGGUCAUGGUGGUGCACUACGUGGGUUCCGAUCUCGACGUCUGCAGGUUCCAAAGGAACGUCUCUCUAUUGUGGCCAUGCUCAACCACGAGUCAGAGGCUGGAACACUUGCUGAGCAUGUUUUGAGAGGUAUCCUGAACCUCCAAAAGCCUCAGUUCCCCGUUGUCGCACCGACUCCUGACUGGUUCGGUACCUUUAUUGACGACAGGACCUUUCUGGCAAUCACGGUGUCGCCGAGUGUCAAGGGGAAGGUCAGCAUCUACUACGCUGGGUAUCCCGAAUCUAUCACCCUCACGGAGCCUUCUCGUGGAGUGUCUCGCGACAUGACUGCGACUCUCACUUUAGAUACACUUCACAUCGAACGCCUGAAGGAUCACAGGGCCCUCAGGGCUGUACGUGUAGCCCAGAGCGGCACCCCCGUGGACAAUACCUUUUACCAAGGCGACUUUUACUGCGACGAGAUUGAUUCGAUCUUUCACUGUUACGAUCAGGGCGGUAUAAUGUUUGGUGCUUUUGAUGGAUUUCUAGGUGAGGGGCCAGUACAGCCGAUGCGUUACAUUGGCGGUCAUGUCUGGACUCUCUCAUGUCCGCGUGGAAUGGAUGCUCCAGCGCCUGGUGACUGGACUGUUGUGUUCAAGUGUAAGAAUGAUGCUGUUGUUGGUGUUGGAAUUGGGUGUUGGCUUGCCAGGUCACUCUAUUUUGACAAGAAGUAG